UAGGCCUUUGACGUCAAGGCGCGACCAAGUUCAAGUCUACUGAGGACGAUAUUCGAGAAGCGUAGAGGCUGUAUAUGCCGUUGAGCACUGGGCAAACAAACCCAUAAUUUCAACCAAGUGAAGACGUGUUUUCAAUUGUACAAUUAAAUAGCCCGUCUUACAAGUUGUGGCUUUCGAUUCACCGUAAUUCAAUCUCAUGUACCUGCUUUGAUUGUCACUUUACUAGUCAGGGUCACAGUGACGCAGAUCGCUAGGCCUGACUUCUCGACGAGUGUCAUGCUACAGACGAAAUUGGGAUAAUCACCGAUGAGUGUUUAGCGAGUAGAACGCGGUGUUUGACGGGUGCCACCAGCCGGUGUAAUGGAUGAAUUAUACGGCGUGAGGACAGGGUGCUGAUAAUAAAAGAGCAUAUACAUUUCUUAUAAAGUAACAACUUUAUAAACUAUUUAUUUGAUUUAAACUGAGAGCUGGCUUCAGGAUGAUUACCGAUGUGAAAACCGCCCGCAAUGCGUCGCCUGACAAACAGUCUUUUUGGAAAUUUAAUGCGAAGUGGGUAGUUCUGUUUGUUAUCUGCGUGUCCAUUAGCUUACAGUUCGUCGUCUUCGUCACCAAAAGGUUUACAAACCCCUACAGAUUUCCAGAGCUGACUCGACCCAACACCAAUGGGGUAAAUGGCAGAACCAGAGUUAAAAAUGUGGGGACGGUGGUCGAAAAGCUAGUGUACAGAAAUGCAAGCUUACGGACUGCUGUAACUAACAUUAACCACGGACCAGGAUCAAAAGAGGACGCCCUGGGCGAUAAUGUUAUUUUUUCAAACAAAACGGAUGGUUUUAUUAUUUCAAAGCCCACCUUCUCAGAACUAACUUCACUAAAGCAAGCUUACACCAAACCAGCGUCGUCGGCUCGGUCAGAUUUUCCAUUAGUUUUAUCGCAAUCGUUCAAGGUGAACAGUUCAAAGGAAAAGCAAUAUAACAUUUUAAUAUUUGGUUUUAAAGGUAGGUUAGCACAGAGGCUGGAUUUUCUAAUAAUGCAAAAUGGUUCAUGGGGGAGAACAAUUAGUUGCGGAGAAAAUGUUACAAUCAAUGUACAUGUUGGCAAUGCAAGUGCUAAUUUUGAAAGACAAAACGCAGUUGUGUUUAAUAUGGAUGAGACAGCAGUUGCAAAAGAGUCUGAGACGCUGGUAUCCAUGCAAACAUCCUCCAAACAGGCGUGGAUUUACUAUGGACGGGAACCAGCUGUUCGCAUGAGGCGACUCUUCAGAGGCUGUGGCAACCUUCCACUGCAUGGGAUCUGGUCUUUCCAACGUCAUUCUGAAGUGCGCAUGGCAUAUGGUUCAUUUGUCCAAACAACACAAAUGACUUCGACAAAUCAGCCCGCCAGUUUCUGGUCACGUGGUAAGAACAAACUCGUGGCAUGGAUGGCGAGAAAUUGCCUUCAAACUUUUUGGCCGAGAACAAAAUUCGUCGAAAGUUUAAAUGUACACAUCCCUGUUGAUAUUUAUGGAACUUGUGGUAAUUUGCCAUGUCCCUUUGUACCAAUUAAGGAAUGCAGAAAUAGGUUGAGUAGAUACAAAUUCUACCUUGCGCUGGAGAGCGCUGAAUGUGAGGAUUAUGUAACGGAGAAAAUGUGGGAGACUGCGUUGGCUAACGGCAUCGUCCCCGUGGUCUACGGAGCGUCAAAGUCGACCUACCUAAGACAAGCUCCCCCUAACUCGUACAUAUACGUCGGGGAUUUUAACUCUACCAAGGCGCUCGCUGACUACUUAAAGAUGUUAGAUAAGAAUCCAACAUUGUACGCCAAGUACUUCGAGUGGAGAUACAUGGGUCACAUCGAGGUACCAAAGAGGGCCGGGGAGUCCCUACGACCCAGAUUGUUUUGUUCACUUAUACCUUUUAUUACCAAAGUUGAAAAAGGGGGUGUAAAAAGAAAGGCGUUUUCGGAGUUUCCGUUUUACAAAUCGUGUAGACUUCUGAAAGGGAACGACUUGAGCCCAAAUUAUCUCCCUCCUUUGAAGCAUAGGGCAAAACAUUGGAAGCUUAACUGGUGACGAGUAUUUCUAAAUCAAUUACCUGUCCUUACAGGGGACCAGUCGCCGGGCUCGUUCGAUUAGCUUCCCUGGGUCGACCCCACGGUGCUCACUCGGAUGGGUGAGCCCCUGACAAGAGCUAA